AUGCUUCUCUCUGAGCGACGAAAGAAAGAACAUGGCAUCCGCCGUAAAGCAUGGGAUAGAGCGUUCACUACAAAAGCCCUGCGCGAUUAUGAGCACCGAGUGCUCAAAUACACCAAACUUCUUACUGACCGUAUUGAUGAAGCGAAGGGUAAGCCAUUCAAUAUAGCCCUCUGGGUAAACUUCUACACCUUCGACAUCAUGGGUGAUCUUUCCUUCGGAAAAAGCUUCGACUUGCUUGAAAGCGGCGUCGAGCACCACUUCUUCACCGAGUCACACAAGACCCAAGGUUUCAUGGGCGCGUUCCGGCGAAUGAUUUGGUUCUUCCCUCUUGUUUCAUCUAUCCCAAUCGUGAACAAGUCAUAUUUGGCUUUCCAGGCUUAUGUCAGGAAUCAAGUCGAGACUCGACGAAAGAAUCCACCGGCGGAACCAGAUGUUUUUAGUAGUAUUCUGGAGGAUUAUGAUGCGAUUGAGAAGCCUACUCAGCAGGACUUCGACAACCUUUGUGGUGAUGCUCAUCUCAUUAUCAUCGCCGGCAGUGAUACGACUUCGUCUUCCACGACUUGUCUCUUGCACCACCUUGCACUCCAUCCCGAUGUACUCGUCAAGCUCCAGGCUGAGAUCGACGAAUACAAGAGCACCCACGAUGAAUAUGACCUUGUUUCCUUGAGCAAGCUACAGUAUCUCCAAGCAUGUAUCGAUGAGUCUCUUCGUCUUUAUCCUGUUGUUCCUUCAGGUGUUCCAAGGAUGACUCCUCCCGAAGGGCUGCAGCUUGACGAUGUCUACAUACCUGGAGAUACAAUUAUACAUAAUCCUUCUUACACUAUGUAUAGAGAUGAACGUUGCUUUGAGAAGCCAAACGAGUUUAUUCCUGAGCGGUGGAUUACGAGACCAGAGCUGAUCAAAAACGCAUCGGUCUACGCACCAUUUUCAACUGGUCGUGGCGUUUGUGCUGGAAAGCAACUUGGUCUUAUGGAGAUGCGCUAUGUUCUCAUGGACAUUCUCUCGCGAUACAAUAUUGCUUUCGCGCCAGGGACCAAUCCUCAAGCUUUCAUUGACGGAUUACGAGAUUGUUACACUCUGGAACUGCCAAGGCUGGAUAUGGUGUUCACUCCGCGAGCCGGGGUCAAGACCGAAGCUUAG